AUGUCUAAUCCGCAGUAUGCUCCACCAGGCGAAGGUCCAGCUGAUCUUUGGCUGGAACGCUCCAACUUCGCAGGCAUGUUCGUUGGCGGUGUAGCAUACGGAAUACACGCCUCGGUAUUCGCUGUCGCCGUAUAUUUCAUGCGUGGCCUGCAGACCCCAUCGGCGCGUCUUCACUGGGGGUUUUUGAUCUUCAUUAGCGCACUUUUCGUCCUGGGCACUAUCAACAUAGCUUGCAAUACGAAGUUCAGCCAGAUGAUGUGGAUCGAUGAUCGCAAUAUUCCUGGAGGACCGAACGCGUGGUUGGCAGAAGACUACACCACACCGGUCAACAUUGUUGGAAACGCGGCGUACAUAUUCUCUAAUUUCUUGGCUGAUGCCAUGAUGAUAUAUCGCCUCUGGAUCAUCUGGAGUUACAACUACUAUAUAUUGGUUCUUCCUUUACUCUCGUUUAUGGCUUCGACUGCACUAUCCAUUUUGACGAUAUACCAGACGUCUCAGCCAGGCGCAAGUCUUUGGUCUCAGACGGCAGUCGCGUUCGCGGUGCCAUACUGGUCGCUCUCUAUCGCACUCAAUAUCUUGGUCACCCUCAUCAUUGUGUACCGCCUUCUAUCUCUCACAAAACAAGUCAAAAUGGCGCUCAGCCCCUCUCAUGCUCGUACCUAUACUUCCAUUUCUGCCAUGAUCAUCGAAUCCGCCGCCCUUUAUUCCAUCACCGGCAUGAUCUUCAUCAUCUGCUACGCGCGUAACAGCAACGUUCAGAACAUAGUCCUCCCGAUCUUAGGACAGGUUAUGUGCAUCGCCCCAGAGCUCAUUCUGCUUCGCGUUGCGCGCGGACGUGCGUGGACACACCAGACGGGCACCGCCCUUAUGAGUGGUUCUACCCUCCCCGGUUCACCGUCGUUUUUGAAGAAUAAAACCCACUCUCGCACAAACUCAGCUGCUAGAUCUAUCGAAACAGGAGGGCAGGGGUUCCCUAUGUAUGCGUUGGGUGCGGACAGGCUGGACAACGGGGGUUCUGUGCUAGGAUCCGCCAUGAGCGUCCCUCGCACGCCUGCCAAGAAGUCACCCUUGGCUGAUGAGUAA